AAAGAGACUAGCUUCCAUAACCGCACUGUUAGAAUCUGAAUGCUACGCGCCGGUGAAGAAGAACAACCACAACCGCACCUUUCACGGCGUUUCGGUUUCUGAUUCCACGGCGGAGAAUAGUUUGCCGCAUUCGGAGAAGAAGAAGAGAGGAAAUUUGGCGGUGAAUUUUGGAAUUGUCGUCGCCGUGGAUGGUGGAAUGAAAUCGGAAUAAGCGACGGAGAGAGAGAUGGCGUACGCCGGAAAGAAGAGAUGGAAAGGAUUGGUGGUUGGAGUUCUAGGCCUGGUGUUGCUUUCUAUGCUGGUUCCUCUUCUCUUCCUUCUCGGAAUUCACAAUGGCUUUCAAGGUUACGGUUCGGAGCAGCCGAAUUCGCCUACUCAUACUACACCAAUCAUCAUCAAGGAAAGUUCCGAGGAGGAUCAUGUAAAGCAUGUAAAGGAUAUUGUGAAACACUUUGCACCGCCAAUUUUUAAGAACUCCAAAGUGGAAAAGGUUGAAAUGAUUGAUUACGCAAAAGGUGGUAUUGAUGAAAGUGGAAAAACAUGUCAAGUGAAAUUUGGGAGUUACUGCCUUUGGCGCCAAGAACAUAAAGAAGACAUGAAGGAUUUUAUGGUGAAGAAAUUGAAGGAUUCACUGUUUGUGGCAAGAGCAUAUUUUCCUACUAUUGCAAAACUUCCAUCUCAACGCAAGUUCUCUAGUGAAAUGAAACAAAACAUUCAAGAGCUGGAGAAAGUUCUGAGUGAAAGUACUACAGAUGCUGAUCUUCCAUCACAGAUUGAGAAGAAGCUUGCGAGGAUGCAAGCCGUGAUAGCGAAAGCCAAAACCUUCCCUGUGGAAUGUCACAAUGUUGAUAAGAAGCUGAGACAAAUAUUUGAUAUGACUGCUGAUGAAGCUCACUUCCACAUGAAACAAAGUGUCUUCCUCUACCAACUUGCAGUCCAGACUAUGCCAAAGAGUCUCCACUGCUUGUCUAUGAGACUGACUGUGGAAUUUUUCAGAGAUCCCGUUUAUGAUAUGGAGUCUCUGGCUAGCAAAUACAAUGAUCCUGCAUUGCAGCACUAUGUCAUAUUCUCCACCAAUGUACUUGCAUCAUCAGUUGUAAUUAACUCAACUGUAAUGCAUGCAAAAGAAAGUGGGAAACUGGUUUUUCAUGUGCUGACGGAUCAACAGAAUUACUUUGCGUUGAAACUAUGGUUUUAUAGAAAUACUUAUAAAGAAGCCAUAGUUCAAGUCUUAAACCUGGAGGAGAUUGACAACCGCAAAUUAUUCCUGUCAUUGCCUGUGGAGUUCCGUGUUUCCUUUGGCAUUGGUGCCGAAGCUAGAACGGAAUACCUAUCUAUUUUUUCUCAUUCACACUAUCUUCUUCCUGAGAUCUUCCAGAAGUUGGAGAAAGUUGUGGUUUUGGAUGAAGAUGUUGUUGUACAGCAGGACUUGUCUGCACUUUGGAGCCUUAACAUGGAAGGGAAAGUUAAUGCUGCUGUACAGUUGUGCUCAGUGAAGUUGAGUAAUCUUCUGAAGAGCAGUUUUGAUAAAACUUCAUGUGCUUGGAUGUCUGGAUUGAAUGUCAUUGAUCUAGUUAAGUGGAGAGAACUUGAUCUCACUGAAACUUACCGAAGGUUUGUAAAUGAGGCGAGCACACAAGAGGGGCAAAAUGAAGCUGCUGCAUUGCAUGCAAGCUUACUAACCUUUAAGGACUUGAUUUAUCCUCUUGAUAGUGUGUGGGCUCUCUCCGGACUGGGUAAUGACUAUAAUAUAGAUAUGUCUGCAGUAACAAAAGCUGCGGUGCUGCACUACAACGGAAAGAUGAAACCUUGGCUUGAUUUAGGGAUCCCAAAAUAUAAGGUUUUCUGGAAGAGAUUUCUGAACCGAGAAGAUCAGUUCUUAACUGACUGCAACGUGAAUUCAUAGUGAGCUGAUUGCCCUUGUUUACUGCUAGAGAUUCUCCGAAACAGUGGGAUUGAGAAGCACUAACCAGUCGAUAUCUAUUCCGUGGGUGCCAAAAAAAUUUUUAUCAGGCUUCCAAAGCAUAUUUGAUUCUGUGGAAGCAAUAGCCGCGAUGAGUUUCACAGACACAUAGUUGUAAUUUUUUGGUAAAUAAAAGGACCUUAAAAAUUUAUUUUUCUUUCUGGAGGAGCAGAAGGAUGGAGCUCCCAGAUGGGCAACUUAAGCUUCGAGUUACCCGUUGGGGGAUGGAAGGUGAUUUGAUGGACCCAGGGAGUGAUUUGAAGAAAAAUUUUGCUUAGUGGAAAAGCUGUGCAGCAAAUAAUUCUGUACACACUGCGAGGAUGCAUUGUUUGUUUGUCCAAAAAUGUGAUUCAAUUACCAUUCGUCAUAUAAACACUGUUUGG